AUGAUGCAACAAGGGAUGAGCGCGAGCGACGGGGCGAGCGCGAUGUCUGCGGCGACGGCGGCCCCCGACGCCGCCUGGGCGUCGGCCGUGUCGGCGGAGGCGCUGACGCGCAACGUGUGGGUGCAGGCGGGCUUCAUGGGCGCGCACCUGGCCACGCUGGUGAUGGGCCUGGCCAGCAACAUCGUGCUGCUGCGCGCGCUGCACCGCGGCGGCAGCUCGCUGACGGCGGCGGGCGACGUGUGCGCCGUGGGCACCGCCACGGCCCACUGCAUCCUCAUGUGCGUGCUCGUGGUGCACGUGCCCGCGCUCAACCACUUCUACGGCGUGUCGUCGAUGGGCCGCGACACGUGCCGCCUCGAGGACGCCACCUUCCUCUUCGUCGCCAUCGUCACCAGCCUCACACUGUGCGCCUCCUCGCUCCAGCUGCUCGUCGAGUCCGUCGGCCACUCGGCCACCGACGACGCAGAGUCGCUGCCCUACCGGUGCAUGCUCUGGUUCCUGCAGAUCGGACUGUGGGUGGUGGCGGCGCUGGUGACGGUGCUGAAGAUGGGCGCCAUGGAGGAGGGCAAGGGCCGCGGCAGCUGCUGGUCGUGGCGGCCGCAGGACGAGGACGGCGAGCGCGUCGCCACGCCCAUGCUGGUCGCCGUGCUGGGCGGCCCGCUCGCCGUCGUCUACCCCUGCUGCCUCACCGUGCGCGCGCGCCUCGAGGAGCAGCAGCAGUGGAGCGCGGCGGCGUCGCCGUCGUCGCCCGAGUCGCGGCCCCGGCCGCGGCCGCCGCUGUCUCCGUGGCCGCUGCGGCGGUGCGCCGACCCGGAGCGCGUGCGGCGCACGGCGGCGGCGCUGAUGGCGCUGUCGUCGGCGCUGCUGCUGUCGUGGCUGCCGCACGCGGCGCUGCGCCUGGCGCGGCCCGUGCUCGCCGCCUGGCCCUACGCGUCGCUGGCCUACGCGGCCACGCAGGCCGCCGCGGCGCGCUCCGCCUGCUACAACGCGCUGCUGCUCGCCUGGCUGGACGCGCGCCUCCGCGCCGAGAUGGCCGUCGUGCUCGACACGCAGCCGCGCCACCACCCCACCUGCUGCGGCGGCGGCCGCCCCGAGGAGCCAGACCGCCCCCUGGACGACGAGAUGGGCGCCGGCGGCUCCAUCGCGCUGUGCCGGCUGGAGCACGGACGCGAGCCGCCACCCCCCUUCUCUGUCGUCGACAUCUACAGCCGGCCCACGGCUGUCUCCACGCUCUAA